AUGAAAGUGAUCUGGGAUCGGUUAGCUGAAGCUGUUAGAAGGAGAUUCUCUCAUCAAGAGCACCAACAAGAAGGAGCAAGAAGAAUGGAAGCCCGAAGAAUCUCAACCGAGGCACCUUGGGAUUUACUUGCAGGACAAGCCACCAUGAAUCCUGUUGAAAUUCGUGUUCGUCCGCCUGUUUAG